AUGGAUGUCGGGAGAUUCGAUCUUGUUUCUACUAAGUUUGAUGGCAAAAACUUUGCCUUGUGGAAGUUUCAAUUCCGCAAUCUCGUUGAAGGGAAGCGGCUACUCCCCAUUCUGAAUGGGACCUCCCCAAAGUCGGCGGAUACAGCCCCGGAGAAGGAGAAGGCUGACUGGGCGACUACUAAUGCCCAGGUCGUGUCUAUGCUAGCCUCCUCCGUUGAUGUCCCUACAGCUUUGGGUCUUCAUCAAUUCACUACAGCCCACGCUAUGUGGACUCAUAUUUUCAAGACCUAUUCCCAGGCGAAUGCUUCGCGGCAGUUCGAUCUGGAAUUCGUCUUGGCCAAACUUGUUCAGGGGGAUCUUGACAUUAGAUGUCAUUAUCAGGAGAGCCUCAAUCUAUGGACAGAGUAUGAUCCGUUGAUGGCUUAUCUUUCUCCUGAAGCUACCACCGCGCAGGUUCUCAAGGAAAGAUCUCAUUCCCGAUUGAUGCGGUUUAUCAUAAAGUUGAAGCCAGAAUUUGAGUUUAUUCGCGCCUCUUUGAUUCAUAGGGGUGUGAGCGAGUUUGAUGAAGUCUUGGGAAAACUGCUUCGCGAAGAGACAAGGAAGCUCUUCAAGAGGCGCAUCCCGGUACAGGGCAAGGGGAUGAUUGAUGAUAGUUCAGUGAAAUUGUCUGAUGCUCUCUAUGUUCCAGCUCUAGUCCCGAAUCUUGUGUCGGCUGGUCAGCUAGCCAAUAACAACUGUACAGUUGUGUUUAAUGCUGAUGGUUGUACUAUGCAGGAUCGGACAACAGGGACGGUGAUCGGGCAGGGUCAUAAAAGUGGGCGGGUCUUUCUCCUUGAUGAUUUUCGUGGUGAUGCUGGCAAGCUUGGGACGAAGACAGCAGCAGGGGGAGGACCGGAGGGAAGUGAGACUACUAUUGAUGAAACUUCCCCUCCUCAUACUCCAUCCAUUCACACGGGCUUGAGCUCGUCAACUUCUUCUUCUUCGGCACAACCCAGCUCGACACCGUCAGGCUUGUCAUCACCUAGCACAAAUGCGAAUACUUCUGGUCCAUCCACGUCCUUCUCUGUCGCCAGCAGUAGUGAUUCCUCGGCUGAUGGACACGAAAUGGAACUUCUAGCGGCCAGUCCACUGCCAUUGCCUCGCCAAUCCGACCGAGUGAACAAGGGGGCACCGCCACUCAGAUUGUUAGACUAUGUGGGUUAUUCAGCGGAAGGACCUCUGUCACUACAGUUAUUCUUUCAAGUGCGGCUGCCUGGCGUAUUUGCUGAGGUUGAAGGAGCUCCAGCUCUUCUUGGUUUGUCUAUGGUCCAAUUCGCUCUCUCGGAAUCACUCGCCCCCAAUGUCCGCCUCGUCUCUGCAGCCAACGGUGCGGCGGUUGUGUCAUUGCUGCCACAUCGAAUUCGCUAUCGCAUCGAUGCUCGCCGUUGGCUGACUCCUAGUUUCCCUUCUCCUUCUUCGUGCAGGAUUAGGAAGUUUCAUUCUAGGUGUUCGAAUGUGAAUUCUGAUGUCCAGUUCAACCAUGCCGUGGCUGAUGAUGAGUUCUUCCCCAGCGAGGGUUCUUUGAUUAAGGGAGAUUUCUUGGCCCCAGUUGUACAGCACAAUACUGAGAUUCUCGAGACUCCAAGCUUUGGAUUGUUGGUUUUAUCCGAGGAAGAGCAGAAUGCUCUAGCAGCCACCCCGGCUCAUCCGGCUGGAUUAUACGAUGUGGUUGUUUUGUCUCCAGCAUUUUAUGCCAAUGUAGUAACUGGGAACGUUGUGGAACGGUUAUGGGAGUUUACUUGGCCUUCUACUAUCGCUCUGCUUUUUCCGAGCCUUCUACCAGUGGCGGUCAUGGGUUUCUUUGCUAAGUCGACUUUACUUGUUGGGGGUCCUCUGCUUGGAAAUUUUUUGGACUAUUAUCCCAGAGUACCUGCAUAUAUUAGUCUGAAUGUGAUCCAGGCAGCUGCUCCGGUACUGUCUGCUAUGAUGAUAAUUCAUGAUCACACAGUGGCUACAACUUCCUCGUCUUCUGUUGUUCUCGGUCCAUGGUUUGUUGUGCUGGUUUUGGCUGGAAGUAUUGAAAAGCUAUGUGGGGUACCAUUGGGAAUUGCUAAUGAACGAGAUUGGGUUGUGCAUCUAGCUGGGAUAAGUAAGCCCAUUGCACUUGCACAAGCAAAUGCUGUUCUUAGUAGGAUCGACAUGCUUGCAGAGAUAGCUGGCGCGUCAAUGUUUGGGGUUCUUCUUUCCAAGUAUGGUCCAGUGACGUGCCUGAAAUUUUCUUAUACUUUGAUGAUCGGUUCACUGCUAGUGAUGUGGAUAAAUGUUUGGAAAUCAUCAAGCUUAGCUGGAAGGAAUAUAUUCAGCAGCCAGUUCUCCCUGUUAGCAUUGCGAGUGAGUCCUUCGACAAUUGGGGGUUUCACUGGACUCUGUGCAGCCAUGGGGCUUGUAGCAACAUUCCUUGCAGCCAAUUUUGUCAAGCGACUAGGCAUUGUAAAGGCUGUAGCUUUUGGAUUCAUAUUCCAGGCUUCAUUCCUUCUCAUGGUUGUUACAGUUUAUUGGAGUGGAUCUCUCUCCCACCAGAGUCCUAUCAUUUUCUUCUUGGGCUUAAUUGUGAGUUCUUCCAACCAUAUGUUUGUAGUAGUUUAUUGGGUGUCAAAUGUCUAAAUGGUCUCUGAAGUAUGGGUUUGUGACAAAAUGGUCCCCGAACUAACAAUUCUAGCAAAAUGCUACCCGAACUUAGUGAAUUGGGAACAAAACCUUCAUCUUGUUGUAUUCCGUCUAUGCUUGCAUCUGUUCAUGUGAGUUGGCAUGCCAAGUAGAUUCACCUUGUCACCAAAAUCACCCAAUCACCACCCCAUAUGCUCUUUAAACUAAACCCUUCCCAAGUCCAGAGUCAUUUGGAUCUUGAGUUCGUGUUUUUGCUCCCACAUGUGAGUCGGUUUGUAUGUGUGGCUAAAGGUCUGGUCAAGUGUGUGAAUGAGGUUCUGAGCAGACAGUUUUGGUGGCAUAGUGAGCCUAUUUGACACGUUGUGUCAACGGAAUUGAUCCCAGAUUUGACCGAGUAACUGUUUCAUUACAAAAUUGCAAGUGUCAAGAUUGAGUUGGAUCUCAGGUCAUGGUCUGUAUGUUGGUUGGGAAUCUGUUUUGCGUGGCUGCGGUGAAAAGGGUUGGAUCGAUGGAUGUGUAGCGUAGGGUGCUGAUCAUGCAAUUUUAGUGACAUAGCUAUCCUAUUUUACAUGUUGACUCAAAUAAGCUAACACCAUAUGAGAUGGAAUGUCUGUUGCAUAAUAAAUCUAUUUAGUUUGCAUAUUGCUCAGCUUUUCAGUUCAGUCAUUGCAUCUAACCUGACAUAUUCGAGUUAGUGGCAGAACUAGGGAUAUUGUUUCAACAGAACCUAAAUAUCAUCCCUUGAAGAUUGAACCAAGUUGUAUGUUUCCAGACACUAUCAAGGUUGGGAUACAUGUUGAUUGUAGUCGCAGGGACACAAAUUCUCCAUACAGGGAUCCCAUCAUCGAAAGCAAACCUGAUAGGGAUAACUGAGGCAUCGGUCGCGAGCUUGGUAGAGUCGUUAAUGCUUGGAGUAGCAAUAGUAGCGAACAACGCUUCCCAUUAUGGCACGCUGACCUUGCUCUCGGUGACAGCAAUAGUUGGUUCGGCUUGGAUUUUCUGUAGAUGGGCAAUGAAUCUGACUCCUAAACAAAGGCGGCUCUUCUCUUCUAACCCCACUUCUUGAUGCCUGAAACAGAAAAUGUAAGUAUUUAACGCCAUUGCUUGUUCAAAUACUGGAAAGAAAGCACCCUCAAUCCAUUUGUAUACACCUCACAUUCUAUGCUCACACGAUGAUCUAUGAUGAGGGCUGAAUUCCAAUAACUCGAAUUGUUGAAUGUAGUUUAUACAAGCAAGUUAGCUUCUUCGGUGGAAGCUCGAGUGUAGAAUAGUGACGGAGUUAGCUAGCUAGCAACAUUUCAACUUAGUUUUUGUAAAGUAAAGUAGAGCAAUUCAAGCAGUCAUUGAUUCUAAAAUUCUAACCCGCAUCAGUUUUUUUCUAGCCCUUUUCCCAGGAACAGUUCGAUUUCGAUUGUCGUGUUUAAGAGCGAAAGCAUGCGUUCAAUGUAGGAUUUGCA